AUGUCAUUCAAAAAGCGGGAAGGUACAAUAGAGAAAGCUUUGACACAGGAAGAGCAGCUGCUCAAGAUUUAUGAAGUCAGACAUAUGAUAGGUCCUAUUGCUGAUAAGUUACCAGCCAUUUGUUCAGAAGAAUCAAUAGCAAGGUACCUAAGAGCACGGAACUGGAAUACGAAGAAGGCAGGUAAGAUGUUGAAAGAAACAAUAAAAUGGAGGAUGGAGUACAAGCCAGAGAAGAUCCGAUGGGAAAACAUUGCUCCUGAGGGAGAGACAGGAAAAAUUUACAGAGCCAAUUACUUUGACAAGUGUGGAAGGACCGUUCUUAUCAUGAGGCCUGGUUUUCAGAACACAACUGCAGUACAUGGGCAGAUCAUGUAUUUAGUAUAUUGCAUGGAGAAUGCAAUACUGAAUUUGAAUUCAGAUCAAGAACAGAUGGUUUGGCUAAUUGAUUUUCAACAGUGGAGCUCAUCAAGCAUAUCAUUGAAGGUGACUAGGGAAACAGCUAGGGUCCUGCAGAAUCAUUACCCUGAGAGAUUGGGCCUUGGUAUCCUCUAUAAUCCACCAAAAAUAUUCGAGUCCUUUUGGACGAUGGUAAAACCAUUUCUUGAGCCCAAAACAUACAAGAAGAUGAAGUUUGUGUACUCUGACAACCCACAGAGCCAGAAGACAAUGGAGGAUCUUUUCCAUAUGGAUAAGUUGGAAUCUGCAUUUGGUGGAAAAAAUUCAUGUGGUUUUGACUAUCAAGCUUUUGCGCAAAGAAUGAGGGAAGAUGACAAGAAGAUGUCUAGUUUUAUUGACUCCGGUUGUUCGCCUUCAGUUAUAUCUGAGUUGCAGCAGUCAGAUGCACUGGCUUCUGACCAUUGUUCUGAGGUCUCUGAUGAAGGUGGCUGCUCAUCAUGUGAUGAAGCAGCUUCUUCGAACUUGGACGUUGUUGAUGAGAAGAUACAAGGCCAACCAAUUGACAGCAAAGAUGUUGCAAAUGGCAACACAACAUUACCUAAAGAAAUGCAAAUGAGUGAGCCUGCUUGA